CAUCAGACCUCAGAGGAAGACGUUUAGUUUCACCGCGCUGUUGUUUUGUCGAAUCAGGCCAGUAAAAACCUGUAAUAUUCUCAUUGUGAUUAAGUUUUGAAGCAAGCAGGGAUAUAUGGAGGUGCAUCAUCUGAACUGAGAUCUUCUUCUGUGAAGAUGAUGUUUGUUAAAGAGGAGAGUGAGGAGAACGCGAGAGAACCAGUAACAUGGAGAAUAAAACACGAGGAAUCGGAUUCUUUGACAAUAAAAGAAGAGGAACCAGGAUCUUUGACGAUAAAAGAUGAGGAACCAGAAUGUUUGAUAAUAAAAGGCGAGGAAACAGAAUCUUUCAGAAUUAAAGAUGAGGAACCAGAACCCUGGAGAAUAAAAGACGAGCAGCGAGGAGAGUUUAUUGAAGAAAGUGAGGAGGUUGAAGAAUUAAAUGAAGUUGAGGAGAAAAAACAUGAUUCAGAGAAAAGAAGAGCCAAGAAGUCUUUCACCUGCUCUCUGUGUGGAAAGAGUUUGACAUGCAAAUAUAAUCUUGAUGUUCACAUGAGAGUCCACAGUGGAGAGAAACCGUUCACUUGUGGUCAAUGUGGGAAGAGUUUUACACAGUUGUUAAGCCUUAGGGUGCACACCAACAUCCACACAGGAGAGAAGAAGUUCAAUUGUUCACACUGUGACAAGAGAUUCAGUCGGUCAGGAGACCUGAAGAAACACAAGUUAGUCCACACUGGAGAGAAACCGUACUCGUGUGAUCAGUGCGGGAAGAGUUUCACACAAAAUGGCAGCCUUACGGCACAUAUGAGAGUUCACACCGGAGAGAGACUGUUUAUAUGUAAUCAGUGUGGAACGAGUUUUACACACUUAGCCAACCUUAAGGUACACAUGAACAUCCACACUGGAGAGAAACCUUAUAAGUGUUCACACUGCGACAAGAGGUUCACGCGCUCAGGAGGCCUGAAGAAACACAAGGUAGUCCACACUGGAGAGAAACUCCACACGUGUGAUCAGUGCGGGAAGAGUUUCACACAAAAAGGAAAUCUUAUGACGCACAUGCGAGUUCACACGGGAGAGAAACUGUUCAUAUGUAACGAAAGUGGGAAAAGUUUUGCACACCUAGGAAACCUUAAGGUGCACAUGAACAUCCACGCUGGAGAGAAACCUUACAAGUGUUCACACUGUGACAAGAGCUUCAGUCAGUCAGGAUACCUGAAAACACACGAGAGGAUCCACACCGGAGAGAAACGGUACUCAUGUGAUCAGUGCGGGAAGAGCUUCGUAAUAAAAGGAAGCCUUAUGGCACAUAUGAAAGUCCAUACAGGCGAGAAACUGUACACCUGCAAUCUAUGUGGAAAGAGUUUGAAAUGCAAAUACAGUCUUGCUGGUCACAUGAGACUCCACACUGGAGAGAAACCGUACACAUGUGAUCAGUGCGGGAAGAGUUUCACACAAGCAGCGCAUGUUAAAGAACACAUGAGUGUCCACACCGGAGAGAAACCUUUUAAGUGCUCAUACUGUGACAAGAGUUUCUAUAGGUUAGGAGACCUGAAAAAACACGAGGGGAUCCACAGUGGAGAGAAACCUUACGAGUGUUCCCACUGUGACAAGAGAUUCAAUAAGUCAUCGAAUUUGAAAACGCACGAGAGGAUCCACACGAAAGAGAAACCCUACAAGUGUUCACACUGUGACAAGAGAUUCAACCAGUCGUCCGGUCUGAAAACGCACGAGAGGACUCACACUGGAGAGAAACCGUAUCAGUGCGCUGAAUGUGGGAAGCGCUUCAGUCAUUCGUCUUGUCUACACAGUCAUACAAAACACAAUCACUGUAAAGCCCCACGCACACAGGAGGACGUUUCGCUGCAUGCAAGCAGGAAUAUCUCUGUACUGAGAUCUGCUGCUGUGAAAAUGAUGUUUGUUAAAGAGGAGAGCGAGGAGAACAUCAGAGCGCCAGAAACAUGCGAAAUAAAACACGAAGAACAAGAAACAUGGGAAAUAAAGCACGAGGAACCAGAAACAUGGGAAAUAAAGCACGAGGAACCAGAAACAUGGGAAAUAAAACACGAGGAACCAGAAACAUGGGAAAUAAAACACGAGGAACCAGAAACAUGGAGAAUAAAACAAGAGGACCCAGAAACCUGGAGAAUAAAAUACGAGGAACCAGAACCCUGCAAAAUAAAACAAGAGGAGACAUGGAGAAUGAUCCAAGAGGAACAAGAAGAAUCGCUUACAGAAAACAAGGAUAUUGAAGAAUCGAGUGAAUCUGAGACAAAUCAGAUCAAACUUGCAACAAACCCGUUGAGAAAAACCAAGAAAGCUUUCAUCUGCGCUCAGUGUGGAAAGAGUUUUCCGCGCAAAUACGGCCUCGAAGCUCACACGAGAGUUCACACCGGAGAGAGACCGUUCACGUGUGAUCAGUGCGGGAAGAGUUUUACACAAGUAGCACACCUUAACGAUCACAUGAACAUCCACACCGGAGAGAAGCUGUACACGUGUGAGCAGUGCGGUAAAAUGUUUUUAUGGGCUUCAGCUCUGAAGCAGCACCUGACGGUUCACACGAAGGAGAAGCCGCAUUCGUGCAAUUUGUGUGAAAAGACUUUUUCGUGCAUACAAAACCUGAGAGCGCACCAGAAAGUGCACGCCGAUGUGAGAAAGUACACGUGCGGCGGGUGCGGAAAGAGUUUCAUUUCGGCGAACUGUUUAAAACAGCAUCAGAGGAUCCACACCGGAGAGAAACCGUACACGUGUUCACACUGCGACAAGAGAUUCAAUCAUCCGACGCAUCUGAAAACGCACGAGAGGAUCCACACCGGCGAGAAACCCUAUAAGUGCUCACGCUGCGACAAGAGAUUCAACAACUCGUCAAAUCUGAAGACACACGAGAGGAUCCACACCGGAGAGAAACCGUACGCCUGUUCUCACUGCGACCGCAGUUUCGGUAACUCGGGAACCCUGAAAGCACACAAGAGGAUCCACACCGGAGAGAAACCGUAUCACUGCACCGAAUGCGGCAAGUGUUUCAACAACUUGUCUUCUCUGCACUGUCAUGGAAAAAACUAUCACAGCAAGUAGAUCGUCUUCAGAUCCGCCGCUUUCAGGCGUCUGGAGCACCGAGGGUUUUCCCGGUGGAGUAAAGAAUGCAUCCAUACAUCCGUCGGCCCAGAAGAGUGGACCACACAGCCCUCGUGAGCCAAUCAUUCCAACUGAUUCAGUGUGCUCUGACUCUUGAUCCGUACAGAAGAAGAAACCCAGCAAUCUUGGCUGCUACAGCUGAAUGAACGCAGGAUUUAACUGAUUUGACGCAACUAAUAAACACAAUACGGCAAUGUUUGGUUCAUCCGAGUUCUUCUUCUAAUCUUAUUUAUAAUAGUAAUGUACUAGUCAGAGAGCUAGGGCUCUGUGUAGUAAAUGCUGCUGCAUCUGAAUGCAUGUGAUGGAGAUUUAUUGAUAAUUACUGACGAAAUACGCACGGCAAGCGCAUUCAAUGAACCGUUCAGCCCUACCAUUGAUGUUAUUUUUCACAUUAUACAAGAGUGAAUGUUUCACAUGCACUACACACUGGUGGCCAAAUAUUUGAAAUAAUGUAUUUUCUGAAGGAACACUGAAUGUAUUUGAAAAAAAAUAUAUGCAGUAAAAUAUCAAUAUUGCCUUUAAAAGUAGUUUUCUAAUAAACCAAGUAGUUUGUUUCUGAUUCAUCACUCCUGUCAUGUUCCUUCAGAAAUCAUUCUAAUAUGCCGAUUUGCUUCUUAAUUAUUCUGAAAUAUUAUUGGUGAUAAAUUAUUAACAGUCAUUCUUUUCAUCAAUGCAGUUAAAAACAAAACGGUUUCGCUUAAUAUAUUGGAAACUGAAUUAUUAGAUAAGUACAAAGAUGAAGCUGUAAAUGAUCUGUAAUAAGCACAAAUAUAUUUACUUUCACUUAAAUGAAUUGAGUUCAGCCUUGUUUAAUAAAAGGUAUAAAGUUAUAGAGGCUGUGUGUUAAUCUUGCCUACGGAAAUGUGAAGCAGCACAAAAAAUAAUCCAAAAAAAUAAAUUGUGAGCAGCAAAUCGGAUUAUGAGAAUGAUUUCUGAAGGACCAGUAGAAGAGCAGCAUAAAAGCAAUCUGCUAUCUGUACAUGAUACGGAUCUACCCCACAAACCUAAUCCUAUAGCAUUGUCACGCCAAAGUCCAUUUUUGCAUCCACUUUCAUGAGAUCAGGUAGAAAUUAUUUUUUCUAUUUGUCAAAUACAGCUGGAAAGACAAAUUCUAAUGUAAAGUAGUAUAUUGGUCAUUUAUUAAUGUUAAAUAAAUACAUAAUAGAUGGCAUUUUUCUAUCAUUUUGAUCGGGGUUAGUGGGCUGCUUUGUGCCAGAAAGUCCAGGGCCACUGCUUAGGCUCAGUCUGCUCCUAUUGCUUCAUCCUCACCAAAUGAGGCACAAUAAUGCAUCAAGCAAUAAAAUAUCAUCUGGACAAAUCCUUCCUAGCCAGACGUUGCAAGUCACAUGACAAAGAAACAUUUGCUAAAGUUUAGAGUGAAGUAAGUUCAUCAGAUUCAACUGUGAUUCAACUCGGAGAUGGAGUUGCUCCCCAAAGAAAGGUUAUUAUUGUGUUUUCUUAUGAGUUUCAUUUCAUGUUUAGUUGCCUUAUAACGCAUAUGAGUCAAAAGUAGAAGCUUUUACAAACUUGUUCAGGAAGUUGAAGGAGAAGCUGUGACCUCUCUCAAGGUCUGAGAUUGAAUGAGUUACUCUAAAAAAAGACGCAUACUUUGUAAUCGAUCUUUCUGUGCUUCUCUUUUAUGUAGGAAUGAAUACCUGAACCCCGUAUUAAACGAGCCCCAGGGCUAAAUUAUGAAAGAUCAUAGUAUUGAUUGGCUCUAAUGUUAACGGUGACUAUUCAGCGGUUUUAAAUCUGAAGUAUUUCCGUACCUUCUUGAUUUGCAAACGUGCCACACGUAAAAGGUUGCUCGUUCUUGUGAAUAUCCCUUGAAAAGAUUGUUUAAGUGACAGUGCUAAACAUCAGAUGAAUGCACUGAAAGACAUCGAUCUUAAUUUCCAAGAUGAAGCACGGUAUAGUCGCACAGAAUUGUAAUAUUUACUCUAUAUUUGAAUCCAUUUGUGGUACUAACCCCAGGACUGUUUUAUUCGUGAUUUCCGUUCCAUCUCCUCGUGUGACUCAGUUUCAUCAUUGUCUAAUUGUUUAUGUUCAGGUGAGUCGUGCCAAUUAUCCUCAUUCACCCUCCCUAUAUAGGCUGCGCUCUGUUUAGUGUUCACCGUCCGUUCUCGUCAAUGUUAACUACAUCUCUGUAAAGGUGUGUGCUCCACCCUGCUUGUUGGAUUAUCUUUACGUGGUUUAUUAAAGACUGAUAACUAUUA